AUGGCCGCUGCCCCUCCACAAGCUCACCCCGCGUCGGAAACGUCGCCAACAAAGACCACUUUUACAAUUGGCACACGCAAAUCAAAACUUGCCCUGGUGCAGACCGAUCUCGUGCGGGAUGCCCUAAAAGCCGCCUGGCCACAGUACGAAUUCGACAUCCUUACCAAAGAUGCAGCAGCAGACCUGGAUAAAGUAACACCACUCCGCGAAUUCACUUCGAAGAAUCUCUGGACAGAGGAACUUGAAGAACUGUUGCUUGCGAAACAGAUUGAUCUUGUUGUUCAUUCAUUGAAAGAUGUGCCAACUCAAAUUCCCACAACAUGCAUUCUCGGCGCUAUGAUGCCGCGAGAAGAUCCUCGAGAUGUCCUAGUUAUCAAGAAGGGGCUGCCAAACAUGACAUUAGCGGAACUUCCCGCAGGAUCCAUAGUGGGGACCUCCUCGGUACGGCGCAUCGCGCAGCUGUCACGACACUACCCGCACCUCAUAGCCAAGGAUGUAAGAGGAAACAUCGACACCCGUUUAACAAAGCUCGACGCCCAGGAUGGGCCUUUUAGCGCUCUAAUCCUGGCCGCUGCGGGCCUUUUGCGGACUGGCCAAGGCGCACGUAUCUCUCACUACCUAGACUCGAAGGAUGGCAAGAUGCUACAUGCUGUGGGCCAGGGAGGGUUGGGAAUUGAGAUACGAGCGAAUGAUGAGCGGAUGAAAGAGAUGGUUGAGAAGAUUGGGGAUAGGAAGACUACUUUUGCGUGCCUGGCUGAGAGGAAUCUGCUAAGGACGUUGGAAGGGGGUUGUAGUGCGCCGCUUGGGGUUGAGACGGAGUGGGUGCAGGGUGCAGAGGGGAAGGAGACAUUGAUGCUACGCGCUAUUGUGUCGAGUGUGGAUGGGAAAGAGGCUGUGGAGAUUGAGAAGGUUGAGAAAGUUACGUCUGGAGAGGAGGCGGAGGUGUUCGGGAAGAAGGUUGCAGAUGAGUUGGUUGUGCUGGGUGCUGGGAGGAUUCUGGCGGAAAUUCAGCAGAAGAAAAAAGCGUGGGGUAGAUAAUUAAGCACUCUAAUAUCUGACGAAUCCGCCAAAGUACUUGGCAGGUAGGCAUUCGAUGAUCUGAUAUAUGACGACCUAUGAUGAUUUGGGCUGCUUGUUUGUCAUAUCAAACUGCAUAUGGAUCAAUGCCCGAAAGGCUCACUGUAUGGCGAUGAUACUACCUUUUUAUAUUACGCUUUCUAGCAGUCCUAUGCACGAUAACUGCCAUGAUACCACUCUAUAGUCACUAGCCAUUGUAAUACCGCAUGGAAGGAAGGAAGGAAAUUCAUAUCCGCCAAACUAAAAUAUAUAUCUAUGAACCAAUGAGGUAGUUGCCUUGGAG